AUGAGUAUGGGUGGCACUCUAGAUAAGGGGGCCCAUCACCAGGCCUUGGACCUGUCUGAAGAACUGCCUACUCAUCAUCACCAUCACCAUACCAACCCCCAUCAGCAUCUCCAUCACUCAAACUCCCUUGCCUCUAUCAUGGCUGUGGGGACUUGUUCCAAAAGUCCUUUACGUUUGGUCAUACCUCCUCCUUAUUCUGCAGAUGAGAGUGGGGGUGCCGGGAGUGAAGCACCCUUAGAGCUGCGGGGCUCCCUGGAUUGCUGGGCCUGCUCUGUGCUGGUGACAGCCCAGAACUUGGUUAUUGGUGUAAUCAACACCUGCCUAGCCGGACUGGUGUUUGGGACUAUCCUUACACCUGCAAUUGUCAUGGUGGCAUUUGGCUUCCUCUGUCACUCAACAGUAAGUAAAGGGCAAACAGGCAAAGGAGUUAGUGCACACAGUGUGUGCAUAUCACAGGAAUCAGGUUUUGAUUUUGGUGACACCUAGCAGUCACACUGUAGGAUUUCUCAUUUGUAAGCAAAACAUGUCUUCACUUAUGACACUUUCCAUUCCAGCUCCAGGCUUUCACUGAUUUUGUUGUUGCAUUUACAAAAAUGUUGUUCAAACUCAGACAGAAAUAAUCUUUCAUCAUACAAAGCUGCUAUAGGAGGUUUCCACUUGACGUUAUUUCCGUGUUACGUGGCACGCGCGCAAUACAGAUGGAGGGCAGGAAGUGAGUUGCUGCUGUAGAGACCAGCAACAUGCUGAUGUUUUGCUCCGUUUAUGGCUGCUCGAAUCGAUUGAACAGGCCAUUUCAGAGCUUGAUAACGAGCUGAUCAUUUGAAUCAGGUGUGCUGGAGCAGGGAAACAUCCAAAACAUGCAGGACGGGGGGCUCGAGGACUGGAUUUGAGAACCACUGGCCUAUGGUCUGGAGGAGCUGCGUCGGAUAAUGCCCGUGUGUGCAGUGACCUUUGUCAAAGGUAAUGACUCAUUUUUAGCCCGUAGUUAAAUUCUUUAAUUUUGAAAUUGAGUCGUGUCAAAUGGUGUAGGGAGGGGGAUGCUGAGCGGCCGGACGCGCCGGGAGUGCCCCAGAGCUCCGGAGGGGGCGGACGGGGAAAAAGGGGGUCCUUUCGGCCCCUAUCCCCGCUCCCUGCCCAACCCCCAUCUUCCGACUACGACCUCAGAUCAGAUCAGACGACCCGCUGAAUUUAAGCAUAUUACUAAGCGGAGGAAAAGAAACUAACCAGGAUUCCCUCAGUAGCGCCAAGCGAAGAGGGAAGAGCCCAGCGCCGAAUACCGUGGACGGUGUGAGGCCGGUAGCACCCCCCGUCGCGCCGGGGUACGGUCUUCUUGGAGUCGGGUUGUUCGGGAAUGCAGCCCAAAGCGGGUGGUAAUCUCCAUCUAAGGCUAAAUACCAGCAUGCAUCUAAACCGGCGCAUCUCCUCCAUUGCAGUUGGUCACUUGCUGCUCUCCAUUUGGUCCUUGCGCAAAGUCAGGAUCACGUGACUGAAAACCUCCUAUUAUGGCAUCCAUAAUAAAUGCUUAAUACCUGAGUCAGCUAUGAGAAAAAAAAUCACUUGUUUGCAUUUUCCAAGCAUUUGCUUGAAAACCAGUGGAAAACCAUUAUUUUUACAAAAAAUGACAAAAAAGACAAACCACUUUACUGUGCUGCACAGUAAAAGUAAGUGACUUGACAGAUUUAAGACUGAUAUGUAGCAAAAGCAAUGGACAUUUGCAAAGUGUAAAGAAAAGAUGAGUGGAACAGGCAGAUGAAGGGCUUCUCACAUCUUUUUAUGAAACAUCUAGAAGUCCUAAUCUAACAGCUUUGAUCAAAGUUUAAAUCAAGUUUGCCUGGGGCCUAGAGAAGGGCUUUGCUAUGUCAGUGAUGAGAGGUUACCUAAUCAGAUAAGUUUGAGGUUCCCUGUUGAGAAGAUAAGUAACUCAAGGAGGGAAGAGUCCUGAAAGCCAGACAUUAGAGCGUAGAUGUUAAGGAUUGCUUUGUAGCUUGAAGAAAAAGAUGCUUGAAAACAGACAAAGCUGUUGUUAUACACAGCGGGAUGAGUACAUUAGAGAAUAUAAAAUAAUAAAAUUCGUUUGUUACUAAGCUGUAUAGUAGGCCACCAAAGUAACAAUGGCUCAGAUGGUUUUUUUGUACACUGGUGGCAUUUAUGCAGGCCAAACACCCCCUAAAAGACAGGAGUAACCGGGAUUCUCUCUGUUCUCCUAUGCUUUCACAAUCGGACCUCAUGUGACAGCAGCUUAGAUAGGGAUUAACAAGGACCUGGAGGGUUACAAGAUUUGGAAAAUAUCAAAAGGGAAAAAAAGGGCGAGAAAAAAAAACUGACAGGUUAAGUAUUUAAGAUUCUUCUUACAUAUUCAAGCCAGUAAUACUUGAAUAUGUUAGAGGAUAUCCAGCCAGCAACAGAUACACAACCCAAUUCCAUUGAAGUUGGGAAAUUGUGAUAAAUGUAAAUAAAAACAGAAUACAAUGAUUUGCAAAUCCUUUUCAACCUAUAUUCAUUUGACUACACUACAAAGACAAGAUAUUUAAUGUUUAAACUCAUAAACUUUAUUAUUUUUUUUGGAAAUAAUAAUUAACUCAGAAUUUCAUGGCUGCAACACGUACCAAAGUAGUUGGGACAGCGGCAUAUUUACCACUGUGUUACAUCAUCUUUCCUUUUAACAACACUCAAAUGUUUGGGAACUGAGGAGACUGAUUGUUUAAGCCUUGAAGGUGGAAUUCUUUCCCAUUCUUGCUUGAUGAUCAGCUUCAGUUGUUCAACAGUCCGGGGUCUCCGUUGUCGUAUUUCAUGCUUCAUGCGCCACACAUUUUCAAUGGGAGGCAGGUCUGGACUGCAGGCAGACCAGUCUAAUACCCGUACUCUUUUACUACGAAGCCACGCUGCUGUAACAUGUGCAGAAUGUGGCUUGGCAUUGUCUUGCUGAAAUAAGCAGGGGUGUCCAUGAAAAAUACAUUGCAUGGAUGGCAGCAUAUGUUGCUCCAAAACCUGUAUGUACCUUUCAGCAUUAAUGUUGCCUUCACAGAUAUGUAAGUUACCCAUGUGUUGGCCACUUAUGCACCUCCAUACCAUCACAGAUGCUGGCUUUUGAACUUUGCAUCGAUAACAGUCCGGAUGGUUCUUUUCCUCUUUGGUCCGGAGGACGCAACGUCCACUAUUUCCAAAAACAAUUUGAAAUGUGGACUCGUCAGACCACAGAACACUUUUCCACUUUGCAUCAGUCCAUCUUAGAUGAGCUCUGGCCCAGAGAAGCCGGUGGCGUUUCUGGAUGUUGUUGAUAAAUGGCUUUCGCUUUGCAUAGUAGAGUUUUAACUUGCACUUACAGAUGUAGCGACGAACUGUAUUUACUGACAGUGGUUUUCUGAAGUGUUCCUGAGCCCAUGUGGUGAUAUCCUUCACACAUUGAUGUCGGUUUUUGAUACAGUGCCGCCUGAGGGAUCAAAGGUCACAGGCAUUCAAUGUUGGUUGCCGCUUAUAUGCAGUGAUUUCUCCAGAUUCUCUGAACCUUUUGUGAUAUUAUGGACCGUAGAUGUUGAAAUUCCUAAAUUCCUUUGCAGUUGUACUUUGAGAAACUUUGUUUUUAAACUGUUUGACUAUUUGCUCAUGCAGUUGUUCACAAAGUGGUUAACCUCUCUCCAGCCUUGCUUGUGAAUGACUGAGAAUUUUUGGGGAAGCUGGUUCAAUACCCAAUCAUGGCACCCACCUGUUCCUAAUUAGCCUGCUCACCUGUGGGAUGUUCCAAAUAGGUGUUUGAUGAGCAUUCCUCAAAUUUCUCAAUAUUUUUUGCCACCUUUCCCAACUUCUUUGUCACAUGUUGCAGCCAUCAAAUUGUAAAGUUAAUGAUUAUUUAAAAAAAAAAACAAAGUUUAUCAGUUGAAUAUGAAUUUAUUGGAUAUGUUGUCUUUGUAGUAUUGCAUAUGGGUUGAUAAGGAUUUGCAAAUCAUUGUAUUCCAUUUUUAUUUACGAUUUACACAUCUUCCCAACUUCAUUGGAAUUGGGUUUUGUAUCAAGAAAAACACCUAAAGAAAUAAAUGACAAUAACAGAAACAAAUAAUAUUUAAAGCCCCCCUCCACAACACCAGGCAGAGAUAUGAAGCAAUAAUAAAAAAUAAAUAAAUUAAUAAAUAAAAAAAACAAUCAUACAGCAACCUUCUUAACUUUCUUUUGACUGUGUGAUGCAGUUUGAAGCAUGUCUCACAACUUUCUGCUUUCUACGAAAAACCCUUCCUACACAGAGAAGCUUGAGAUUUCUAUUCAUACGUAUAUAACCACUGUGUACUGUGGUCUUCACUGAAAACAGGAAUUUACCUAUUCUAGACAACAUAGCUCAGUAUUUCUGGGAUGUAAUAUAGCAUCACAUAGUGCACAACUAGAAAAGCUAUUAAAAUAUUUUUGGAACAAACUUGGGCUUAAUGGCAGAAAAGAAAGACUCUUUAAUAUAAAAAAUACUUAGCUCUUUUGCCCUUUUUGAACAUUACUCUUCUGUUCACUGAGCAACCUACAAACAUAACUUACUGUUUACAACUUAUCUUGCAUUUAAGAAUGUUCUCUCUAUUUUAUAUUGUACUUUUAAGUAAGGACUGCUGUAUCUCAACCCCUCUUACACUUCUCUCUUUCCUCCCCAUUCAGUUUCUGGUGGCACAAAUCUCAGCCCUUAGGAAAAAAAAAAACAUUCCACAUCAUUUCAAAUGCUAUCUUCUCUUCACCUUUCUCCCAAGGUCCGCCCCCAUGGGACCACCCCCUACUGCUCAGAUCUACUGACUGAUGGAGGUUGUGUAGCCCUGCUGGUUGUGGGCUUCCUCUUGGUCACCCCUCUUCUUGUGCUGGCACUGGCUGCAUACUGCCGCCUGGCUCGACAUCUUCAGCUAGGCCUGUGCUUCAUCCCAUACAGCAGGGCUGUGUACAAGAACAUGCCAGCAACCCACCACCAUGGUCUGGGUACUGGUUGCUGUGGUAGCCAAGGUAGAGCUGAUGACGGUGGGAAAGGAAAGGUCUGGGUGUGA